UACAGCUCCAAGUUGCAGCAGCCGCAGCAAGUACAGCAGCCGCAGUACAGCAGCCGCAGUCGCAGCAGUUUCAGCAUCCUUUCUAUAUCUUCGGUCGUUCUCCUGCUCAGCAACCACAGCAAGUACAGCAACAGCAGUAUCAGCAACCACAGCAAGUACAGCAACAGCAAGAGCAACAACAGCAACAACAACAACAACAACAACAACAACAACAACAACAACAACAACAACAACAACAACAACAACAACAACAACAACAACAACAACAACAACAACAACAACAACAACAACAACAACAACAACAACAACAACAACAACAACAACAACAACAACAACAACAACAACAACAACAACAACAACAACAACAACAACAGCAACAACAGCAGCAACAACAACAGCAACAACAACAACAACAACAACAACAACAACAACAGCAACAGCAACAGCAACAACAGCAACAGCCAGGCAUUGUUUUUCAGCCUCCAAAUUUACUUAACAAUACUCAGAUCAAGACAACCGAGAAAUCAUGAGCAUUCCAACGACCCCAAGAUCGCCCCAAUCUGACCGAUGAUGCCGAAGUUACAAGAAUCCCAAGAUUGGAAGUUCUAAUGACAAAUGCUAUACCUCGGGUAUCUCAUGGGUCUUAUAUUGGGGAUCUUGUGGUUAGAUGGUUG